UUUUCUUUAGUUGCAAAGUGUAUAUGGAGUAUGAUUCAAAAGCAAAUACGACAAAUGCACAGCGUUAUGCGCUUGAAUAGUAUGCGCAUAGAUAAAUUGUUUUUUGUAAGAAGCAUGCAUCGCUACUUGAGGUAAGUAGCUGGCAAAACAUUACUCAUACUACUUGCUGACUUCAACAAAUGCCUACUUGAUAGUAAAUCGAUUCUACAGUCACAUAUAGAACUAAAAAUAAAUUCAGAUAAUAUCAGAGCAAGAAAUGGGUUUGAAUAAGUUUAUGUAUACAGGAUAUAAUGUCAGCAGAGAUUGUGGAUAUUGUCGAAGCGGAGAGCCUACUGAGCACUUUGGACUGUUAUCAAAAGAACUAAAAUGCGACGCAUACCAAAAACUUGUUGAUAGAGGCUGGAGGCGUUCUGGACAUUAUUUAUAUAAGCCAAACUUGAGGACCUCUUGUUGUCGGCUAUACACAAUCCGAUUAAAUGCGGAUGAGUUCCAGAUUUCAAAAGUCCAAAAGAAGGCUCUUAAAAAAUGGGCCAAGUUGGUUACGGGGAAACCAUUAACUCAAAUACCGACAGAGAAUGGUAUAGCAUAUUUAAAGAACGCAUUUAAGCAAAUAGAGGGAUACAAGGAUGAGACACACUCAUAUACUGUUACAGUAGAAUCAGAUGAGUACACCGAUGAAAAGUUUGAGCUAUUUAAGAAGUAUCAAACAAGCGUCCAUCAUGAAUCUGAAGAAGAAGUGACUAAGAAAGGAUUUGAGCGCUUUCUAUGCUCUUCUCCCCUUAUAAAAGAUGUUAAUUCAAAUAAGAAAUGCGGAUCAUUUCAUCAAAUGUAUCGUAUCAACGGUACCCUAGUUGCUGUCGGUGUACUCGAUUUGCUACCACAUGCCGUGUCAAGCGUUUAUCUGUUUUAUGAUCCUGAAUUUUCAUCUUACUCUCUUGGAAGAAUAAGUGCCUGUCGUGAAAUUCUUCUUGCGGCUGAAGAGAAUUAUAAUUUUUACUACAUGGGAUACUAUAUUCAUAAAUGUAAAAAGAUGAGGUACAAAGGUGAUUACAGUCCAAGUUAUUUACUUAAUCCGGAAACAAACAGUUGGAUGCCGAUAAAUUAUUUUACUGAAUUGUGGGAAAAUGGAGCCCCGGACUAUUUGACGUUUGAGGAUGUUGGUGAGAGCAAAGAGUUAUCACCCAAAAAACUCGGGUCAUUACCAAAAGUAUCAGACACUGACGAAGAAGAGCCUCCAUCAGUAUACGAAAGGUGUUUACCAGGGAUUUUAAAUGAAGACGUCGCAAAAUAUCUUUUACAGAAGAACUAUAUUACUAUUGGGGAAUCAACUUUGCCAGUGAAGGGUGUUUUACAAUUGUUUCCUAGAUUGGAAAAAUUGUACAUUGAAGCGAAUGCGACUCUAGGGAAAGAUGUUGGCAAGGAUUAUACUCUCCUCUUUUCGCAGUAAAAUUGUCUGGUUAUUCGUGUUUACGUUGCUUGAAUUUAGCAGGUACUGGACACAUAUUUGAACUACUAAUUACUGUAACUUUUUAAAUUUCCAUAAGUUAUAUAAAACAAAUAAUGAAUGGCCCAUCUGGUUACGCCAUGCAAAGUAGUCAAUCUCAAUCAUUGACAAACUGCAAGUACAAGACUAGUUCACAACAUUAGUAAAAAUAAUAAUAAUAAAUUAAAUCUUUA